AAUCUUAUCGCAGACAUUAGUGAACUCUCAAUCUCAGUACGAUACAGUACGAUAAUGUAUUGCUAAGUGAUCGCAGGGACGUAUUUAGAUAACUUUAUAAUCUUAUGUUAAUAAUACAUUCUUACAUAGUUACGAACGAAAAGUAAAUAACGGGAAUAAACAUUUUUUGUUUAGAAACAAUCGAUGUAAACUCAUAGUGACAUCUUGUAAGACAAUUGUAUCUUAAUGCAUGACGAAUUAUAUUUUUAAUAAGACGUAGAGCUUUAGUAACGCACAGAAGCUUGAUCUUGUAGCUCUUUUAGUAGUAUCAUUAAUGACAAAGUGUUCUUUGACGUAAUCUCUGUAAAUACAUCAUUGGUGAACGAAUUUUACGGAAAUAUUUGUUGUGAAACUCAUAUAAAUAGCAUCAAAAGGAGCAUUGAAAAGCAUCAAAACAAUGGGUAACUCGCAAAAUACAAAAGCGACAAAUGUUUCGUGUAAUUCUUCACGAUCGUCCAAUACUCCAGAACAGAGGUCUAACUCUUCAGAACAACCAUUCAAACCUUCUAUACAAUUUUACCAAGCUUUGGCACAAACGUCCGAGACUUUGGUACAAACGUCCAAAACUUCGGUACAAUCGGUCACAACUUUAAGACAAUCAUCUAAUACUUCGGCCGAAUUGUACAAAACUUCACUUUCUGCAUCAGUUAAACCACCACAGCAUACAAAAGUAACAAAUGUUUCGUGUAGUUCUUCAAGGUUGUCCAAUACUCUAGGACAGAGGUCUAAUUCUUCAGAAUAUCCAGUCAAACCUUCUGUACAAUUACACAAAACUUCGGUACAAACGUCCAAUCCUUCGGUACAAUCGGUCACAACUUUAAGACGAUCAUCUAAUACUUCGGCCCAAUUGCACAACGCUUCACUUUCUGCAUCAGUUAAACCACCACAGCAUACAAAAGUAACAAAUGUUUCGUGUAGUUCUUCAAGGUUGUCCAAUACUCUAGGACAGAGGUCUAAUUCUUCAGAAUAUCCAGUCAAACCUUCUGUACAAUUACACAAAACUUCGGUACAAACGUCCAAUCCUUCGGUACAAUCGGUCACAACUUUAAGACGAUCAUCUAAUACUUCGGCCCAAUUGCACAACGCUUCACUUUCUGCGUCAGUUAAACCACCACAGCAUACAAAAGCGCCAAAUGUUUCAUAUAGUUUUUCAACAUUGUCCAAUACUCCAGAACAAAGGAAUUCUUCAGAACAAUCAUUCAAACCUUCUGUACAAUUACCCAAAACUUCGAUACAAACGUCCAAUCCUUCAGUACAAUCAGUCACAACUUUAAGACAAUCAUCUAAUACUUCGGCCCAAUUGCACAAUCCUUCACUUUCUGCGUCGAUUAACCCACCACAGCAUACAAAAGCGACAAAUGUUUCAUAUAGUUUUUCAACAUUGUCCAAUACUCCAGAACAAAGGAACUCUUCAGAACAAUCAUUCAAACCUUCUGUACAAUUACCCAAAACUUCGAUACAAACAUCCAAUCCUUCGGUACAAUCGGUCAUAAGUUUAGGACAAUCAUCUGAUACUUCGGCCCAACCACACAGUGCUUCACUUUUUGAGUCGGUUAAACCACCACCGUCGUUCAUGACGGAAGAAGAAUUUUUUCAAAAAUGGCCAUCAUGGAAAAGCGAUUUUUUAAUAUAUAAAAAGAUAUCAGAUAUAAGUAAACCUGGUAAUGUCAAAUGGGGAGAUAAGUUACGAAAUGUAAUGGGACCAGUUGGACUAAAAAUAUGUAAUGUAUUUACAUUUAACUUGAAUGAAAAAAACGAUUUGGAUAUAUUAUUGAAGAAGUUUGAUGACUACUACACUUUUGCAUCAAAAGAGAAGCUACCAGAUGAAGAUACCUACAUGUACAUACGUCACUUGCAGUUGACAGCAAGUAAAGCAAAUUUUAAAGAUGAAGAAGGAUUAGUAAGAAAUAAAAUUUUGAAAGAAAUUGACGAACGCACAUUUACCAAUACUGCAAAAGCACUCAUACCAGGGUUCAUAUUUUCUUCCAAUUUUAAUAAUUUAACAUGCAAGCAAAUUGCAUUUAUUUGGAAACUGUAUGAUGGAAAUUUUACGGAAGAUUGUUACCGUUGCGGAAAUAAUCAUAGUGAUGAAAAUUGCCCAUCAUUAGGAAAACAAUGUCUCAAAUGCAAUGAAUUGAAUCAUUCUGUCAAAAGAUGUCCAACCGUUUUUAUUACUAAUUGUCAUUACUGUGGGGAUUCUCAUUUAAAGAAAAAAUGCCCUGCUUAUAAAGAAACUUGUACCAAGUGUAAUAAGCUAAAUCAUUUUUCUUGGAAAUGUCAAUCUCAAAUUUUAAAUUGUCACUUUUGUGGUUUAACUCAUGGUGCAUCUAGAUCACUCUGUCCAGCAAUCAAUACUCUCUGUACUAUUUGCAAAACAAAGGGACAUUUUGCUGGAAAAUGUAAGAACCGUUCUUCUUCUAGGAAUGAUAUAUAAUUAUUGAUUACAUACUAAAGACUAAAAUGACUA